GGGACUGGUAGGGAAACUGAAUACCCACUAUAUAAACAGAGAGGGAUCCCAACUUCCCAACCGCUCUCGCAUUUUGCCUUGGCUGUCUCCGGUUUACUCCCCAUCGUUUCCCGGGCAAAGCAUUUCCAGAUUCGCUCCUCCUGGUACGAGGUCAUCUAUCUCGAUUACUUACAUUUACAAUUUACAGUGCUUUGUGUGCUGAACGUUUUGAAAUAUUUGUAUCAUGGCCGAGGAGGGUCACAAGGUUAACUUGAAUGUUUAUGACCUAAGCCAAGGACUAGCUCGGCAGCUUUCCACAACUUUUUUGGGGAAGGCUAUUGAGGGUGUAUGGCACACAGGAGUUGUUGUUUACGGUAAUGAAUACUACUUUGGGGGUGGCAUACAACAAGCUCCUGCUGGAUUGACACCAUAUGGUACUCCGAUAAGGGUGUUCGAAUUGGGAGUGACACAUGUGCCGAAGGAUGUAUUUGAGAUGUAUCUCCAGGAAAUCAGCCCCAGAUAUACGGCCGAAACAUAUAGUUUGCUUACACACAACUGCAAUAACUUUAGCAAUGAGGUUGCUCAGUUUUUGGUUGGUGCAACUAUUCCAGACUACAUUCUGCAGCUUCCAAACGAAAUCAUGAAUAGUCCAAUGGGCGCUCUUAUAUUGCCUAUGAUACAGAAUCUGGAGACAACAAUGAAAUCUGGUGCUGUCCCCCAAGUUCCACAAUUUAGGUCUCCAAUGACCCAGCCCUUGCAACCGAUGAUGACCACAGAUCGCAAAGAGAGUUAUAACAAAGUGAAAGCUGAAGUGCACUGCACCAAGUCUGAGAAGCCAAAGACGGUGGAAACUGCAGUGCCACCGGCUGUUGAAAUUGUAGAACAGAAAGCAGCAGCCAAUGGGGUUGUUGGAAACGACCCCCUUGGAAAUGCGAGAAGCAUGGUGCAGGAGGAGAUAAGCAAAGAAUUUGCUGCAAUCAUGGCGACUGGGACAUUACGUGCAAGUGAGGCUGCUGCACUUGCCACUAGAAGGGUUAUGCAAAGAUACGGGAACCUGAAUGCUGCAAUGCCACGGAGUUAGCAUCUGGAGAAAAUAUUCUUUCAAAGAGUUGUACUCUUAUUUUUCGAAGAGUGGGUUUAAGAAAGACCCAGUAUCUGUAUUGACCUUUUAACAAUUUGAGUCGAUCAAUUUGUGACCAAUUGUGGGUGUGACUAGCUUUAUUUUAUAUUAAGUUCUUCUAUUAUUCUUAA